AUGGACAGGAAGGAGGAGGAGACGAAGAAGAAGAAGAAGAAGGUAGAACUGCCGAGGAAUGCUAAGUAUGACGUGGGUCACAUCCACCGAGCAAUCAAACUGGUCAUUGAGGAGAAGAGAACUCAGAGAAACAAAGCCUCCGGGGAUUGCUUCGUCGACGACGACGAUCGGGUACUGCUUUCCAGAUUUCUUUCGCAGUUAGAGUCGUUAAAGGAAGACACAGCUAUUGAGCCACAGAAACCAGCAUCAGAAAUAAAUGUGCUUCCUAAAGAGGAGGCAAAAGAUGAGAAUUUAGGUGGAUCUGAAUGUGGAAGCAGAGAAACAGGAGAAGAAGAGAUCCUAAGAGAGCUUCAGAAGGUGAAGAGACAGAACUCUAUUACCCAUUGGCUUCUUUCGAUCAUGAUAUUUCUCACUGCUGCUUGGCAGCUCUCUGAAGUCUCACUCAUAAUGAUUGUGAAGAAGAAAUUGAGUUACCCUUUUAGCACUGUUGGAAGUGCAGUUAAGGGAAUGCUAACAGGUGGAGGGAAAGAUGAGACUAAUGGGUCAACAAAUCUCAUUCAGAUUGAAGCUCCUUCACUCCAUGGUCUCAAAAUGCCAGAGCUUCCCCCUGUAGGCUUGCCAGUCCUGGGUUUAAAUGAGGAAGAUGACUAGACCUUCUCUUUCUCUUGCUUUUCAACAGAAAGCAGCUCAGUGUCUUUAAUUCU